GGGACCAAAUAGGACGGGUUUGCUCAGAGGAAAUGCAAGCAAACAACAACAAUUUCAAACAAAAUUGUGAUGACAGAAGAAAACGCAAUAACUACACUAACACACUUAAAGAAUUGGCUCAGAUGUUACCCAUACCACUACAGACCAGUUGUAAGAGGUUGACAAAGAAAGAAAUCCUGCUCCGAGUCCUUCGCUACAUUGAACAUCUGCAGACAAGCAUCGAUAGAGCCAGGUCACUGCUCCAAGGUCGUGGCGAGGAACAAAAAGUUGGACCUCAGCAAGUGGUGAUAGCUGCCCCAAAGAGAGAGCGCAGAGAAGUCACACCACGGGCAAAAAAUCCCAAGCCCCUGGGCGUCUACAAGAAACCCAGAAAGAGGAGACGGACCCGCAAAUCAGAUCGGCGUGGUGGUGUGAACAGGAAAGUGUGCAAAUACCUUGCUCUGGAGGCUGGAAAGGACUCUGCCCAUGCUGUCUCACACCCAGAGGAAGAGAGUCUGCCUGAUGUGGGAGAUGUGUCUUCUAUACUUUCAUCCUUCCAGAAGCAAUCAACUUCUUUUCCCAAUUUUAAAGUUCCAUUACCAGAGCCUAACCAGCCUGCAAACACUAAUCUUCUGGAUCUCACCAAAAUUGGAGUCCCAUUUGAUCCUGCAGGCUGGAAUUUUGAUGGUGACCAAGAAUAUAAGGAUGAGAAUACAUUUUCGGUGUAUACGGCGCAAAUGGCUUACAAUAAACUGCAUCAAUAUAGUGGGGGCCCUGGAAACACAUUGGUGAGACAAGAGCUCGUGCACUACCACUCCUCUUGUGAAGAAGAAGAGGAGGAAGGACCCAAAGCCAAUCCUUGGCUCUCCAUCCAGUCCCCUUUGAAGUUCUCCAACGUGGGAAGCCUGCAGCUGUGUUCCCCUGGGAUUGGAACCCAAAGCCACAGCUGUUCUGAUCUGGGGUUGAGCCCUUCGCUUUUCUCCUCUCCUGCUCGGCUACUCCCCCCACACGUUCUCCAAGGUGUUCAGGAGGAGCUUUCUCCAGUAUUAUUUGAAGAUGUGUAUUUGUCUCCUCAGUCCAGCAAUUUUUCACAUACCCCUGCUGGAACACUUUUGAGAAAGUCAGCAUUCACGCUGGAUCACUGUUACCUUUCCUACAAUGAAGCAGGUAAAACCGAGUCCAGCCCCAUGUCAAGAGUGAAUGAAAUAUUAUCCUCGUGGAGCGAACAAAUCCAAGAGGGAGCACCCCCGGUGAGACCCGAAGGCCCCGGCUCCUCCAGCGAGGAGAACAGCGACAGCACCUGGACCCCCUGCCCGAGGGCCAAGGGUGCGCCAGGAGCCCCCCUGAGGAAGAAGAACAAGAAGAAGCAGAAGAAGACGACGGCGGGCAGGAGAGCCAGGCGCCCACCGGCAGGCGCCGAGAAACGCAGCAACGCCUCGUCCCCCCUGCAGCUGAAGAAGAAGUGCGUGAACGGCUUCAUCAUGUUUUGUCGCCUGAACCGCAAGCACUUUAUCCGCACUUGCCCAGGCAUGGCUUCCACAGCAGCUACAAGGGAGCUGGCCCAGCUGUGGCGUAUGAUGACAAAGCAGGAGCGGAAGCCAUAUUGCAUGAAAGCUCGCCGAUUCAGCCGCCUCAACAACCGAAUUGUGAGAGACGACUUCUCCAGUGGUGAUGAGGAACCAGAACCACCCAAACCUUUCCACUUGCUGCUUGCUGAGAAAUCCAUUCCUGGCACCCAGGCAGCGGGCAACGUCUCUUUGUUAGGCUGUAUUCCAUGAUUCUUUCCCCCUGUGUUGGUAAUGUAUAUCUGUUCA